AUGUUAUUCAAAAUAUCUCUAUGCUUUCUGUUAAUACUCGUUGUUGGAACGUUUCCUUCUUUCCAAGGUCCAUCUGUAUUUUCCUCAACAAAUGAUUCCGCUGAUCAGAUAACAGAUGACAGAAAUCCACUGACUUCUUCAAUAUCAAGUUGUAGUUCUACAUUCACGGUACCUGAAGAUUCUUCAAAAACUCCAACAUUUCCUGUAAAGCAAGAGAUCCCGAAUAAUUUUUUACUUGACGUUGGUCUACCUGGUGCUGGUACUCUUCUCUCGGAUGGCCAAACUCUUGCAAAUACUAUGACGUCUGUAACCUCGACUUCAGCAAGUACUCCAACAAGUACUCCAACAAGCACUCCAAUGAGCACUCCAACGAGCACUCCAACAAGUGCUGUUACGCCUCUUGUUCCUGUAACCCCGACAUCGGCGAAUGCAGUUACGCCUGCGGUCAUGCCACAGAAAACUACUUGGCCAUCUGUAAUCACUGUAACAAUAAAUCCUACAAUGCCAAUAACUGCUGUACUUCCAUUAAUACCAACCAAACCAUAUUCCCCAUCUAAUCCUUCUUCCGACCCAGGGACUGUUGUAGUAAUUGUUAAUGGUCCAAAAUCUUCAAACACUAAGACAGCUGUUAAUACUAUUCAUCCUCAAUCUCCUAAUGAUGAAGGUAUACAAAGCAGUUCUGCUAUGUACAGUAAAUUCAUGAGACAUGGAAAGAUUCAUUGUUUUAUUAUGAGAUUAGGAUGUGUACUUUUAGGUCUUUUAGUUAUAAACAUACAACAUUUCGGUUAUUUUUAA